AAAUCCCACCAAAAACCGCGAGCCGCUCAGCCACUCAUAUUGCUCACGUUGCUCAUAUGUAAACGCGAAGGUUGUCAGCACAAGCAUGCGGGGAGAAGCCUUAGAAAAUGCGACUCCUACUACCUACGAAAAGGCAAAAGAGCGGAUAAUCACCGAAGAUGAACUGAAUGACGAUAUUGUCGAUGAAUUUGACGCAAGAGAAAUAUUCGAUCAUAUUCGAGUUAUUAAUGAUCCGGAGCACCCUCUCACACUUGAAGAGCUUAACGUGGUUGAGGAAAGCAAUAUUGAGGUGGACACAAAACGCAUGGAGAUCCGUGUAAACUUUACACCUACAAUCCCUCACUGCAGUAUGGCUACUCUGAUUGGAUUAGCAAUCAGAGUAAAGCUUCUACGGUGCCUGCCCCCAUCAUUCAAGGUUGAUGUGCAAAUUACACCAGGAACCCAUGCAUCUGAGGCUGCAAUAAACAAACAGCUCUCGGACAAGGAAAGAGUGGCAGCAGCUUUGGAAAACUCUCACCUCCUUGCUGUAGUCAACAAAUGUCUCUCGUAAGGGGAACAAGAUUGGCACCGGUUUUUUAAGCUGUACAUACAAUCAACAAUGUAAAUGCAUAUCUACAAUAAUGCUAAAAAUAAACGGCACGAGUGUUGGCGAUA